CUUCAAGCAUGUUUGAUCAAGGCUUGGUCCAAGUUAUUAGAGCUCUUGGACUUGUUCUUGUUGCUAAAGUUACAAGACUUCCAGACGGUCUUGAAGAUAAGUACUUUCUUUAUUUACACUUACAAUUUUGA